AUGCCGCCCAGCAAGGCACCAAACAACAACGGCAAGAAGCCCGCCGGCAACGACGUUCAGAAAAACAAGGACGUCGAGAUGACGGACAGCACAAAGUCUAAGGGCAAGAAGCCUGCCAAGGACGGUGAUGAGGAGAUGACAGUUGUUGUUCCUCCUUCCAAGUCGAAAAAGUCUGACAAGGCUGAUGCCGAAGGCGACGUGUCAAUGGGCGAGGAGGAAGAAGAGGAGGAGGUCGACCCUGUUGUGCAGACCAUCGCAGAUAUCAAGAGCAACUUUGCUUUGAUAGACCGUGCCGUGGCCCACUUCGAUGCCAGAUUCUCCCUCCGCGCCCUGAGAUCUAUCUCCAUUAUUCGCAAGCGUUUGACCCCCGAUAUUAUUGCCCAGGUCAUAUCCGAGGCUUUCCCUGCUACCGCCAACUCAAGUGCUGUCGUCAAGCCACUUCUAGCUGCCAUUGAGCGCGAGGAUGUUACCCUUGGCCGACAGAGUGGUUCAGAGAUGGAAAUCGACGAUGCCAAGACAUCUGGAAAGAACGGUUCCAAGAAGGAGGCAAAGGACCUCAUUCCUGAGGUCGAUAUCUUCCUCGGCAUCCUCGUCCAGGUCUACCUGUUCGACUCAAAGCAGUUCCAGCGUGGAGCUGACUUCUCCAAGUACCUUUCGGACAGAGUGCAGUCUCUCAACCGCCGCACACUGGACUCUUUGUCCGCCAAGGUCUACUUCUACUACUCCAUCUUCUGCGAGCAGAUCGCCCCUCUCCCUCCGUCUCCCCAAUCUCCCGUGGUCGCCAUUCGACCAACUCUCCUCGCCGCCCUUCGAACCGCCGUGCUACGCAAGGAUGUCGACACACAAGCCUCGGUCAUCGUUCUUUUACUGCGAAACUAUCUCUCGACUUCGCACAUUAACCAGGCUGAUCUCCUGGUCUCUCACACUCAGUUCCCUGAAAACGCUGUCAACAACCAGGUAGCACGUUUCCUUUACUACCUUGGUCGUAUCCGCGCUGUCCAGCUGCGAUAUACUGAGGCCCAUGAGCAUCUCACUGCUGCCACCCGAAAGGCUCCAUCUAGUAGCUGCGCCCUUGGCUUUGCCCAGACUGCAACCAAACUCCUUUACGUUGUGGAGCUGUUGAUGGGUGACAUUCCUGACCGAGCCAUGUUCCGUCAGCCAACAAUGGAGGCUGCUCUCCAGCCUUACUUCUUGUUGGUCAAGUCAGUCAGAGUUGGUAACCUCGAGGACUUCGAGACAGCGAUUGCUGAUCAUGCCGAUACCUUCCGACGGGAUGGCACAUACAGCCUUAUCCUGCGUCUACGUCAAAACGUUAUCAAGACGGGUAUCCGCAUGAUGUCUUUGUCUUACUCUCGUAUCUCUCUUCGGGAUAUCUGCAUUCGUCUCCAGCUUGGUAGCGAGGAGUCGGCGGAGUACAUUGUUGCCAAGGCUAUUCGCGACGGUGUGAUUGAGGCUACUCUUGACCGUGAAAGGGGUUUCAUGAAGAGCAAGGAGGUUGGCGAUGUGUAUGCUACGCGUGAGCCUGGUGAGGCUUUCCACGACCGAAUUCGAGCUUGUCUAGCUCUCCACGACGAGAGUGUUAAGGCCAUGCGAUUCCCCAUGAACCAACAUCGUCUCGAGCUCAAGAAUGCCCAGGAGGCUCGAGAGCGUGAGCGUGAGAUGGCCAAGGAAAUACAGGAGGGCGAUUUGGACGAGGAUGACCUCGGCGGAGAAUUUGAUGGCAUCUAA